UUAAGUUUUGGUCCUCUUACUCUCUUGUUUUAUUUUUCGCUUCUCUUGUUGCUUCUAGUGCACAACUGUCCUCUUGUUUUUGACUUAGUCGUUUUUGUUUCGGACCACUUUGCUUUCUUCAAGACCUGCAGACCUCGUUAAUUAAUCACCACUGUUUUUCCGGGGCACGCAUCCUCAGGUUUUUCCUACGACCUAAGAUACGCGCCGCUUUUUUUCCUUUUUUUUGAAGUUUUGAUCAUUCGUCUUCCAGAACAUUAUUUUCACUAUUCUCACCCUGACCAGAAGUGACCAUCUAAAUCAAGUGAAGAUCAACGAUCGUUCAAUCCUGACGAACGUUAAAAAGACUCUUUGAGCCGCUGAGAAACGGACCCACGGACGACUGUUGGACCGCUGUGCUUUUUUUCACUCACUCUCAUCAUCAACUCCGACCAGACCUGCUACGGCGGUCAUCGUGGACCACCGGCAUCCUUGAUCCGAAAGAACUCGACGGGGAGCCUUGGUAUCAUUCGGCGGAGUUCAAUUGAACACCACGGUGCAGGAAUGGCUUCCCGAGUGGACGAUGUCAUGCGUCUGUGCUGUGAACUAUUAGGACAUAAGGAGUUCAAGGUGAAGGCAAAAAACUCCUUCAAAUGUGCAGGGGCUCUAGGAGCAGCUGUGCUUUUAUGCGGGCUUGUGGCUGGACGUGUGGGGGUCGUUGGUGGACUAGUCGGCGGUCUGUUGGGCAUCUGGCGCACCAGGAGGAAGUUCAAACCUCUGCCUCAGAUCCUGAUGGAGCUGACUCCAGCCCAGCAGCAGAAGCUCUAUAACGACGUCUUGGCCGUCAUAGGAAACCUGCACUGGACUGAUGCAGCUCAUCUCAUCGCCCUGGUGAAGGGCGAUGCAACGCUCCAGCAGCAGGUCACCGCUGCGUUACUAAACUACGUCAGCAAGGAGCUCAGGGCGGAGGUGCGCAAUCGUUAAUGAGGCAUCAAUGCUCAUGUACCUUUAAAGGCAGAAUGUGCAACAUUUUACACAUAAAUAUUGCAGAAA